GGUUAUUAAGUUGUUCUUUUGGCCAUGGCAAAUUCGAUCAUCAGAUGCUCCACGUUCGAUGUUCCUCGCGUGCGAUGCUUUGAGACCUGUCUAUCCCCACCCAAAAACAUAGCUAAAAGAUGGGCAAUACCUUUAAUUAGGCUGCCCCCUGCGAGCUAAUUGUUCAGUUGAUUGACUUCGAACGCCGCGCAGACUUCAACGCUUUGAGCUGCUCCGGCAGUAUUCAUCCGGCCCUCACUGCAUUGCGGGCGGUUUACCGUUAGCUAGAGAUAAUACACCAGACUCACCAGUCUUUUCUCUUUAUUUUCCUCAUUUUCUGUCGUCACUGGUUGCGGAGACGAUGAUGCUGAGUUUUGAACCUGAGCGCUAAAAGGCCCUCGAAGGUUAGCUCGCCAUGGGCCAGGAGAAGCUUUCCGGAGAUAACGUCCAUGAGGACCCCGCGCUGAUUGCGGGGAGUACACAGGGAGUCGAUACAAAUCUUAACUUCCGCGCAGUGAAUCCGGUAGAUGUUCAAGUUCGGAAUUUGUCUGUACUUCUCGGCACCGUGCCUCCAUUAUGGGAAACACCUCCCCCCCAAUUAUGGAAUCGUCUCCGGGGAAAGCCACCCCCAGAGACAGCCAAAACCAUCCUCGAUGGUGUCAAUGCGGACAUGCCAAGCGGCAGUCUGACGGCAAUUAUUGGGAGCAGUGGUUCGGGAAAGACGUCGCUUCUCAAUGUGAUGGCGAGGAGGAUGGGAUCGAAUAAAUUGAAGAUAUCAGGAGCUACAACAUUCAAUGGCGACGCGGAUAUCAAUCACAUAAGCAGCGCAUAUGUUAUGCAGCAGGACAUCUUGAUCCCAACAUUAACUGUCAGAGAAACCCUACGGUAUUCUGCAGAUCUCCGACUCCCACCGCCAGCCACGCAGGAUGAGAGACAUAGUAUCGUGGAGCAGGUUAUUCUGGAACUCGGUCUGAAAGAAUGUGCUGACACGCGAAUCGGGAACAACAUGCACAAGGGCUGUAGUGGUGGAGAGAAACGAAGAACGAGCAUCGGCGUCCAGAUGCUGGCGAAUCCGUCGGUGCUGUUCUGUGAUGAACCUACUACUGGUUUGGAUGCAACAAGUGCUUUUCAGAUAAUUCGGACAUUGAAGAGGUUAGCGCAAGCUGGGCGAACAGUGAUCGUUUCCAUCCAUGCCCCUCGCUCAGAGAUAUGGGACCUCUUCGACAAUGUAAUUCUACUGGCUCGCGGCUCGGUACUGUAUAGUGGACCUGUGAAAGAUUCAGUGUCGUACUUUGAGGGUUGUGGUUACGAAUUGCCUCCGUUUGUCAACCCGGCGGAAUUUCUCAUUGAUUUGGCUGCCCUUGAUAAUCGAUCUCCUGAACUGGAGGCAGAGUCGAAGGCUCGAGUUGAUUUCUUGACAAAAUCAUGGGGAGAUCGGAUGGCAAAGAAAGCAGGUAAUGAGAAGGCGCUGCUUUCUACGGGUCCCGAUGCGGAACACCACCAUCUUCCAGUAGUGGUGGUUCCCAGAGGCGUGACAUUUGGUCGACAGUUCCGCGUAUUGACUUCGCGCACAUUUAUAACUACUGUCCGCGAUCCUCUUGGUGUUGCUGGAAGUUUGCUCGAGGCCGUGGGGAUGGCUGUCAUUAACGGUUGGAUCUUUCUGCAGCUCGACGAGAGCCUUGCAGGUAUCCGCUCCCGUGAAGGAAGUCUAUACACCGCCAGCAGUCUGAACGGUUACCUUAUUCUCCUUUACGAGACAUUUCGCCUUACAAUAGACAUCCAACUCUUUGAUCGGGAACGAAACGAGGGCGUGGUUGGGGUGCCAGCCUUCUUAUUGAGCAGAAGGGCAGCACGUCUUCCACUUGAAGACCUCCCUGUUCCCCUGUUGUUCUCGGUAAUUUUCUACUUCAUGGUAGGAUAUCGCUUAGAUGCAGGUCAAUUCUUCAUCUUCUUCUGUCUUACCCUACUUACGCACUAUAUCGCGGUGACCUUCGCCGCUGUCUCUAUCGGUAUUGCGAGAAAUUUCCCUGGCGCAAGUUUGGUUGGUAACCUUUCAUUUACGCUUCAGUCAUUCGCAUGCGGUUACUUUGUCCAGUCGCAGCAAAUCCCGGUCUACGUCAGAUGGCUAAAGUGGACGGCAUAUACAUUUUACACAUUCGGUGCGCUCUGUGCCAACGAAUUCAUGGGAGUGAAUGGUCCUCCAUGGGGUCAUUUUUACGACUGCCCGUACUCGAAAGAUCCCACAGACCCUGCGUGCAAGGAGUACACGGGACGCUAUAUCAUGGAAAGUCUCGGUAUGCCGAACAAUUGGAUAUGGCGACCCAUAAUCGUCCUUGUUGCAUUUGUCAUCGGUUUCUAUUUACUUGCAGGUCUGCUCUUGCAAUACAACCGGUUCGGAAUCGGUGUUGCCCAGGCACGAAAGGCAGAUGUCGACCUGUCAGCUGGCAAGGAGAAGAUCACAGCCCGUUCAGCAGAAGAGGUUCGCAGAGUCGCAAUUUCGCUUGACAAAUAUGCCAUGCAGAUACGGAAGAGAGAUUGGCUUGGUCGAAGGUCCCGUACCCUGCAGGUUUUGAGACCUAUAACCGCGGAGUUCAGGCCUGGAGAGUUGAAUGUUAUCAUGGGCCCUUCCGGAUCUGGCAAAACCUCGCUAUUGAACUCGGUCGCGCGAAGACUUCAUGGAAAUCUGUGGACCCAGUAUCGGGUGCUUGGUGACAUGCUAUACAAUGGUGCUGUGCCUUCAGAGAGCGUCAUCAGAUCGGUCACUUCGUUUGUGACGCAGGAUGAUGACGCUCUGAUGCCGUCGCUCACCGUUCGUGAAAGCCUUCGAUUUGCAGCUGGUCUGAGGCUUCCAUCGUGGAUGUCGCGAGAAGAGAAGAAUCAGCGCGCAGAGGAAAUUCUACUGAAAAUGGGGUUGAAAGACUGCGCAGACAAUCUGAUCGGCAGUGACCUGAUCAAGGGUAUUAGCGGGGGUGAGAAGAGGAGGGUCAGUAUCGCCAUACAGGUCUUGACCGAUCCCAAGGUGUUGCUUCUAGACGAACCGACUUCCGGUCUAGAUGCAUUCACGGCUACCUCGAUCAUCGACGUCUUGAGGGGCUUGGCUGCAGAAGGACGCACACUUAUUCUUACUAUCCACCAGUCUCGAUCGGAUGUCUUUGGUCAUUUUCACAACAUACUUCUCCUUGCCAGGGGAGGAUAUCCAGUUUACGCAGGGCCGGGCAGAGAGAUGCUUCCGUAUUUCGCAUCUUUGGGAUAUGACUGCCCUAAGACCACCAAUCCCGCAGACUUUGUGUUGGAUCUCAUCACUGUCGACCUUCAACAGGAGGACCGUGAGGCAGAGACACGAGAGAAGGUCGAAAAACUUAUUGUCAACUGGGAACAUUUGCCUCACAACCUUGGUCGGCAGACUUCACAGAUUGCCACUCCAGCUGAGCUGGGUAGCCUCAAGAGGCAGAUACAUCCCUUCACGGUUACGUUUCCGCUGGUCUUGUACCGAUCCACUAUCAACCUUUGGAGACAGCCCCCGCUGGUGAUGUCUCGUAUCAUGCAAGUGGUGGGCAUUUCCAUAAUCAUGGCCUUGUUCUUUGCGCCCUUGAAGCAUGACUAUCCGGCGGUGCAGUCGCGCAUGGGCUUCAUCCAAGAGUUUGCAGCGCUUUACUUUGUCGGUAUGCUUCAAAACAUCGCCAUCUAUCCAAACGAGCGGGACGUCUUCUACCGCGAGGAAGCAGACAACUGUUACUCGACGGAGACGUUUAUUUUGCAAUAUACCACACUCGAGUUACCAUUUGAAAUCGUUUCGUCUUUUAUAUUCGGGGUAUUUGCCGCCCUAGUCUGCGAUCUCGAAAGGACCGGUAAAAUGUUCCUGAUCUGCGCCUUCAACUGCUUCUGCAUCAUCAACUGUGGCGAGUCCGUAGGUAUCAUGUUCUGCACACUCUUCUCUCAUGCAGGGUUCUCCGUGAACAUCACAUCCGUCCUCCUCUCCAUUUCCACUAUCAUGGGGGGCAUCAUGAGCUUGAACCUAAAUGGUUUCCUGCAAGGCCUGAACCAUCUCUCCCCUAUCAAGUACUCUAUCGCCAACCUCGCGCCCUACUCGAUGAAACACCAAACCUUCACCUGUACAGCUGCGGAGCGGCUCGCAAACGGCCAGUGUCCUAUUGACACCGGCGAGCAGGUUUUGCAGCUAUAUAAUCUGGACACGAACGCUCCAAUGAAUGUUAUGGCGUUGGGGGUGUGUACGAUCAUCUACCGGUUGGUCGCGUAUAUAUUGUUGAAAGCUAUUCGAUCCCAUGGAACCAUGGAAAAAAUCCGGGCUGUCGGAGAAAGGCUCAAUCGGUCGAAGAAUUAAUUAAUCGUUAAUUAACGUCUGCUUCCUGUUUUCCGGUAUUAUUGCACUUGGCAAGGAAAACUCUAAUGCCAACCCAAGUCGCGGGAUGAUGCAAAUUGCGUGGCGACGGCAGCUAUUGACUACCACAAGGGCAUGGGUUGGGUAUAUAGGAACGAAUAUUCAAGGAACGUAGGAUAAUAUCGAUGUCAUCAACAUUAUUAUUAUAUCCUUUUGUCCACAUCCAUCCGAUCGCGGGCCAGGUACAUACUUACAUGCAAGAGCGGGCUAAUCACUCUAGCUAAAGCGCUUACGGAGUAGUCACUACCAUUUUCGCAUAAGUGUAACUGUGCCUUGCACUGGCGCCAUCGGGGAAGCUUCAAACCGCAAGUGCCCAGACUCUAGGCGCGAUCUAGAGCCCAUUAUUCUAAAAGGUUAACUAGACCAUCGGGUCAGAUCGGGGAGGAUUCUGAGAUCGAUGGAUUCUGGUCAAGGAUGAAGUAUUGUGAUUCUGUCAG